GAAAUCGGAUUACCCGUACAAAAAGAAAACAAAACGACCAUGACUGACUGGAAAAAGAAAUAGUAAAGUCACCGGCGAAAGGUUCCGUUUCCACCUCAGCUUUCUAAAAGGAGCAAACAUCUAUUGCUCGGCGCUGGCUUUCCGGCGAGCUUGUAGUGUAUGUAUACUGCGCCGGUGAUCCGCACACUUUUGCUUAACGCGGUAGUGUUCAUCUGUUUGACUAGAAAUGUAAACGUGCUAGGCGAUUUGUUGAAGACAGUUGGUGCUGGUCGGGGGACGAUUGGAAUUGGAUGGGAUAUGGCGCAGCUACUGUCGCCGCUUGUGAAGGAAAGCCGGUUGAUCAAGGGGAUAUUCGCGGUGGUGGGAAUCAUGUCUACUCUUGUCGUCUACGGUCUCUUACAGGAGAAGAUCAUGAGAGUUCCAUAUGGACCAAAUAAAGAAUAUUUCAGAUACUCGUUAUUUCUUGUCUUCUGCAAUCGCAUUUCCACUUCUGCUGUCUCUGCUGCAGUUUUACUGGGAAGUAAGAAGGCCUUGGAUCCUGUAGCUCCAAUUCAUAAAUACUGUAUUGUAUCUGUGUCUAAUAUUCUUACCACAACAUGCCAAUAUGAGGCUCUCAAAUAUGUCAGUUUUCCUGUUCAAACUCUGGCAAAGUGUGCCAAGAUGAUUCCUGUAAUGAUCUGGGGCACAAUCAUCAUGCAAAAGAGAUACCAAGGACAAGAUUAUUUUCUGGCUUUCUUGGUGACUGUUGGAUGUGCAUUAUUUAUUCUAUACCCGGCUGCAGGUGACUUUAGUCCUUAUAGUAAGGGAAGGGAAAGUACAGUCUGGGGAGUUUCCCUUAUGAUUGGCUAUCUUGGGUUCGAUGGUUUUACAAGCACAUUCCAGGAUAAACUAUUCAAAGGCUAUGAUAUGGAAAUACAUACUCAGAUAUUCUACACAACACUAUGUUCUUGUUUCCUCAGUUUCAGUGGCCUAAUUUUGCAGGGAAAUCUUUUGAUGGCAAUAGAUUUUGUUUCACGCCAUCAUGAUUGCUUCUUUGACGUUCUUCUCCUUUCAACUGUGGCCACAGCCAGUCAAUUCUUUAUUUCUUUCACAAUCCGUAAUUUUGGUGCUCUUACCUUUGCGACUAUAAUGACCACAAGACAGUUAGUGAGCAUCUUGUUAUCGUGCAUGUGGUUUGGUCACCCACUCAGCUGGGAGCAAUUCGUUGGAGCUGUAAUCGUCUUUGGUUCCCUUUACUCGAAAAGCUUCUUGAGAAAGAAACCAAAACCUUUGCCCAUUGAAGACUCCGAAAAUGGAGCUUCAUUCCCUUCAACGGGGAACUCAUAGCUCCCAACACCUUGAAGUUCUUCAUGUCCUCCUCUACAACACCUUAAAACUGCACUGAGAAUCCAUCAUAGGAAUACAGGUUUUCUUAUUACACUCGUAGCCUCUGAAGGGUGAUUGGGAUCCUUUAACCGCAUGUUUUCCAUCUUCACAUUCACACAUUUGCUGGGUUAACUAUUCUUUUGACUCCCCUUUUGUUACAUACUGUUAACAUAUUAUGUAUUUUUAGUUAACAGAUUUUAUACAUUCAGUUAUUAUGUACAUUUAGUUAACAGAUUAUGUGUAUAGAAUCUGUUAAUUGUAAGUACAUAAUAUAUUAACUGUAUGUAUAUAAUAUGGACUAAAGUGGAUCUUAGUCCACGAUAUAAUUUGUGUUUAAAUGGACAUUAGGCUAAAAUAUUUGACGGAUAGGCUAGGCAACUUGGUUUAUUAAUUUAUUGUACUAAUGUUGCUCCCAUAUCCAGAGAAAGAGUUUGUAAACACGGGACUGAAAUACAGAAAUCAUUUCUAUGUUUA